GUAAAUAAAUGUGAAGUUGGACAUAAAUUGUGAAUAACAAAAAGUUAGAUUUAUCGAUCCUCCAAAAUGCACGGCAGACUUAAAGUAAAGACAACAGAAGAGCAACGGCUCGAAAAACACAAACAGCAACAAAAGAAACUGGCAGCGUACAGAGCUGGAAUGCAACAAAUAUUCUCCAAGAGAUCCCAAAAUUCCUACGAUCCCGAGACAUUAAUCAUAUCUGCGAAUUUUCUAGCAUCUAAUCCCGAUAUAUACACUUUGUGGAACAUCAGAAAGGAGAUCAUUUUGAUGAAAAUUAAAGAGAGUAAUGAUGAGGAAGAUGGUGAAGAAAAGUUGUGCGAAUUCUUAGAGAAAGAAAUUCAACUAACAUUAACCUGUUUGAAGUCAAAUCCAAAAUCUUAUGGGACAUGGCACCAUAGAUAUUGGGUUUUGUUACAUCAUCCCAAACCUAAUUGGACCAAUGAAUUUAAUUUGUGUUCAAUGUAUCUUUCUUAUGAUGAUAGAAACUUUCACGUUUGGGAUUACCGAAGACUAAUCCUACAAAAAAAGGGUGAACCAAUAGAAAACGAAAUUAACUUUUCCACAAAGUUACUCAAUGAAAACUUUUCAAAUUACUCUUCAUGGCAUUAUAGAAGUACAUUGAGAAAACUGGAUGAGGAAAGUGCUGGUCAAGAAUUGACUUUAGUACAAAAUGCUGUGUUUACUGAUCCAGCUGAUUCAAGUGCCUGGUUUUACCUUAGAUGGGUUCUAAGCAACCCCAAUCUUCCAACAGAAAAUAAACAGGAACUAAUUGAAGCGUUUGAACAGUUACAAGAGCUAGAACCAGAUUGCAAAUGGAUUUUAUUGGCAAAAUGCUGGUUGACUGGAAGCUUGUGUUUAAACGAUAAAUAUUAUGCGGAUAAACGUGUACAAUACUACAAAAAACUCAUACUUCUGGAUCCACUUAGAAAAGGAGAGUAUGAGGAUUACUUAAAGGCUGUUGAAGAUAAAGCAUCUGGUGAUAAAUAACACUUAAUUAUUUAUAAUUUAAGUACUCAGUUUCCUUUUGUGUAAUUCCAUUUGUAUCUUCUGUUGCACCUUUUCUUCAUAUAUUUGAACAUGUGAAUAAUUGUUAUUUGUAUAUUUAUAUUAUAAAUAGACUUUUAAAUAAACUUACUGAAUCAGUUAAAA